AUGGCUCGGCUCACAUUGCUACUGUCGGUGCUGCUUCUGAGCCUGUGUGCUCAUGCGCAUUUUGCCAUGCUAAAUGCUGUGAUGGACCGCGUUCUGUCUUCGGCACAGCAUGCCUUCCACCUGCUGGACCGUCCGAAUCCAGUCACGCCAGAGCCACUGCGCGAGUGGGUCCCCCACCGGGCUGAGGAGGCCGUGGAGUGGCUCAAGGCUGGCAUUGAGACAAGGGGUGGUAUUACCUACCAGAAUUUGGCGCACCCGUCAUUCCCUGACUACAGGCUUCGCGUAGCGAUGGACGAUGGUGACGAAAAGCCUGCGAAGUUCUGCGACCCGGGCGUGAAGCAAAUCAAGGGCUACUUGGACAUCCGCGAGGAUGCUCACCUGUGGUUUAUUCUGUUUGAGAGCCGCUCGAACCCUGCAGAGGAUCCGCUGGUUCUUUGGCUGAAUGGUGGCCCUGGUUGUUCGUCGAGCACGGGCAUGCUGUUUGAGCUGGGACCGUGCUGGGUGUCGGAACAGGGUUUCAACACGGAGUACAAUGAGCACUCAUGGAACUCAAAGGCGAACCUCCUAUUCUUGGACCAGCCGUUGCAGGUCGGCUACUCGUACUCGGACACGAAAGAAAAGAUCAAUACCUCGGACAAGUCGGCGGAAGAUGUGUAUGCGUUCCUGCAGCUCUUCUUUGCGAGCUACCCCAAGUAUGCAGACCUUCCUUUCACGGUCGCGGCCGAGUCGUACGGUGGCCACUACGCCCCCCACAUUGGUGCGGAAAUUCACCGCCGCAACAAGGAGUUGGCGCUGGCACCGCACUCGGAUGCGCGGCCGAUCCGUCUCGAGACGCUGAUGAUCGGUAAUGGCCUGACGGAUCCCCAGGUGCAGUUCCCGAGUGUGGUCGAGUAUUCGUGCUCGCCGGCUAACAAGUACCAUCUGUUUGACCCCUCGAGUGAGGUGUGUGAGCAACUCGAGAAGAAGUCGCGAGUGUGCUCUAUGCUGAUCGACAUGUGCUCCAAGUUUGAGUCACCGCUAUCGUGUGUACCGGCCGGCCUGUAUUGCUGGGGCAGUCUCUAUGGCCCCGCCCAGGACACGGGCGUCAAUUUGUACGAUGUGCGGCGCAAGUGCGACCGCGAGCAGGAUGGCUCGCUCUGCUACCCCGAGAUGGGCUACAUUGAGACACUGCUCAAUACGCCACAGAUCAAGAACCAGCUGGGUGUACCCUCCCAGGUCGAGUUCCAGAGCUGCAACAUGGACGUCAAUGCGGACUUUAUGAUGCAGGGCGACUCGAUGCACAACAGUGCCCUCUUGCUCGAGCCGCUGCUCGCGGACGGCGUGCGUGUGUUGGCGUACGCGGGUGAGGCCGAUUUUAUGUGCAAUGCAAUUGGCAUCCACGAGUGGGUCCUUGCGUUCCCGAAUGUGUUCCAUGAGGCGAUCAACAAUGCGACAAAGACGCCCCUGUUUGCGUCGAGCGACAACGGUGCCAAGCCGCGCAAGGUCGGCUAUUCGAUUCAGGCCGGCCCCGGUGCUGGCAACCUGACAUUUGCGUGGGUCCAGCGCGCUGGCCACAUGGUGCCGCACGACCAGCCGGCUGUGGCGCUGCGUCUGCUCAACACGUGGCUCGCGAACGAGCCGCUGGCGGCCGCGCACGCGCUGCGCGAUGCACUCACCGCUGCUACCUUUGCAUCAGAUGCUCAAACGCUGCAGAGCGUUGACGCGCAGCUCGACGCAUGGGAGACCGACUCGUCUUACUGGGAGGAGCUGUUGCGCAUGGCGCUGGAUCCGAACGAGGCGCCCGGCACCACGCUCCGACAGCUGGCCAUGAUCCGCUUCAAGAACGGCAUCACCAAGUACUGGCGCUCUCGCAUUGUGAACCGUGUGAGCGUCACCAUCAGCAACGCAUCGAAAGAGCGUAUUCGCGCGAACCUGCUGCGUGUGCUCCACGAACCGGACCGUGCGGUGGCCGUGCAGGCGGCGGUGGCCAUUGGCAAGCUGGCACGCACAGACUACCCGAGUGAGUGGCCGGACCUUGUGCCGACGCUGCAGGCAGCGAUCGAGUCGUCCGGCGCUGCGAUUCACGACGCCGCCGAGGCAGGGACCUUCGCCCACUCGGCGCCGCCGACGCGUGUAUUGCUCAUUGCCGCAGAUGUGCUGCGCCAAUGUCUAAAGGAGUUUGAGACGGUGCGUGUCCUGUCUGGCAAGAUGCGCAUGGCCGAACUGGCGCGCACGCUGCUGCCGGCGUUGCAGCCUGUGCUAGAGCGACUCUUUGAAGAUACCUUUGCCGCAGCGGAUGCCCAGGUGUGGGCCGCGCAGCCCGGCACCGUGGAGCGUGUGCGAGCGAGCCACCUGCUGCUCAAGGUGCUGCACCGCCUCGCGAUGGCCGACAACGGCAUCAUUGCCUCGAAAGUGUCUGAAGUCGCGCGGCCCAACUUGGCGUUCACCUUCUUUGCCUGUACGCCGCCCCAGCUCGCCUGCGUCCUGCAGCGGCGCACGCAGCUGCUGGGCCACGAUGCCAUGCUCGAUACGGCGCUUACCAAACACAUGAUGGCGUACGCCAAGUUGCACCUCGCGCUCGUCACGCAGCUGCAUAGUCGCGUCGCCACAUGGCCCGCUUGGGUCGACGUUGUGGAAUGGUACUGGAACACACUCAGGAGCGCUGCGCAGAGCAACAGCGUGGCGCUUAGCCGCGACGACGACGACGUCACUAUCAUGUACCCCUAUCGCUGGAUUGUGCUGUCGCUCUUGCUGUUGCGCACAUCGCUGAGCCACUGGAAGCGUGAGCGCCCGGCGAAGAGUUGCUUUAGCGGCGCGGAGGGUGCCGUGGUGGAGCUCCAGGUCACCGACACGCUACUUAGCACCUACCUGCGUCUCACACCAUCGGAUUUAGAGCGCUGGCAGGACGCACCCGAGACGUUUGCCGUGGAGGAGGCACAAGGCGACGCGUUCCUGGAUAUCCGUCCCGCUGCGGAGCAGCUUCUCAUCACGCUCUCGGACUACUCGACGCGCCCUGACGCGCGGCAGGCACCGAGCGUCGCCGAGCACGUGUGGGCGCAAUUCGAAGCGUCGGCGCAGUGGCCCACCACACUAGACGGCGCCAUCGCGCGCGACGCGCUAUACACGGCACUCGGCCUGUGCCGCGACCGGCUGGACAGCGAGCUAAACGAGGAGGCGCAUAGCACGAACGAGCGCAUGGCGCAUGCUAUCCGCGAUCGCUUUCUGCCGGAAGCCGCGAUGGAAGGCCUCGGCGCGCCGUGGCUCAUUGUGCGCCGCCGCAUCGCGUGGAUCCUGUGGGAGUGGAGCGAAUAUGUGUGGGUCCCGGUGCGUCCGACGGCGUAUGCCGUGCUGGUGCAGCUGCUCACCCAUGUGCCUGGUCGCACGGACGUGGCAGUGCAGCUGGCUGCCGCACGCACCCUCUCGGCGCUCACCGACGCCCUUGAGUUCGACGCCGACGUGUUUUCUGCAUACCUUGGCGAUGCCAUGGCCGCGCUCAUGCACCUGCUCGCGCACGAUCUGCAAGAGAUGGACAGCAUUCGCACGGUGGCCUCGACGCUCGCUGUGGUCAUUGAGCGGGUCGGCGCACGUAUUAAGCCGUACGCAGGCGCCGUCGCCGAGAUGCUGCCGGGACUCUGGUCAAUCGAGGACCCCAGUGCGCGCGCCAAGCCGAGCCUGCUUGAGUGUCUGUGCAAGCUGGUCGAAGCGUGUGCGCCGCGCCUGCAGGACGAGCCGCUGCUCACUCACUUGCAUGCGCUCGUCGCAUACAUGGUGCGCGCGAGCCUGGAACCCGAACUGAGCCCACUGGUCGGCUACGACGCGCUUCUGCUUUGGGCGCGCACGCUGCAAGCGUCGCCGCAGCUCACUCCGCCGCUCGUACCGCUCUUGGAGCUCGCUGCACCGCACGUAACGCAGCCGGACUUUGGGCCGCUGCUGUGCCGCGUGUGGGAGGAGUCGGUGGUACUGGCGCCCACCGACACGCUGCAGAUGUAUGCGCCUGCGAUGUACGCAGCACUCGCGAGCGUGCUGAGCGUGCCAGACAGCCCAAUGCUCCUUGGCCCGGUUCACGCGCUCGACGCGCAUGUACGGGUGCUCGACGCGGCCAGCCUCGGGACUCUUGCGGAAAUCUUGCACGCGACGGGCCUAGGCACCGCGCUGUUCUCGGCGCUCUUGCGCGAAGAGUCGUUCCCGAUGGGCUGCCACGUCGCGACAGCCGUUGCGCGCCUCGCCGUGUACCUGCCGCAGCCCUACUUCCACGAGCUGGUGCGCGCGAGCCGUCAAAGCAGCGACCUGGCGUGGCCUGCGCUCCUGGAAAAGCUUGUGAACUAUGAGCAGAGCAUGGCGCUGAUGCGCCCACGCAAGCUGCUUGCGCUUGCGAUGGCCAGCAUCCUGCAAGGCGCCGCAGAGCAGGACACGGAUGUGCUGACCUGCGUGCCGUCGAUCCUUGGUGCGUGGACCGAGCUGCUGGGCGAAGUCGUCGAGGACGCGCAUGGUCAUGCAGAGGUAUACGAGCGUGAAGAGUCGCCGGACCGGCCGCUGGAGGCGGGCGACGAGGAAGACCUCCUUCUUGGCGACGACCUGGGCGGGGCUCUGCAAGACGACUCGCCUGCGGCCGCCCGUUCUGCGGCAUUGCGCGCACGAGACGUGGUGCAGAUGGUGCCGCUGCGCCCAUGCCUCGCCAACACGCUGAAUGUCGUCUUGUCGAAGCAUCCGGUGGGCACGCCUCCCGGCGACGUGCUGCACCAGGCGCUCAGCAGUAUGGACCCGCUGGUUCUCGACGUGCUGCAGCGCGACCUCAAUCAGCCGGCUGCCUCUAGUACAUAG